GGAGAAAUACACAGGCGUCACAUGAGAUUUCCGGGAACUCUGACUUUUCUCGUAUUCCCCCUGAAAGUGGAGCUCCUGCCCGGUGGAAGCAGCACCGACAGCCAGCUGCUCUGGAGCCGAAAACCUCUCACCCAGUGCCGGAGCUGAGUUGGUGCUGAGUGUCAUUAUGAGAUGUUGCCUCCAAGCGCCUCCUUUGUGCAAAUCACGUUCGAUGAUAUCCACUUCUACGAGAACUGUGGCGGCGGCAGCUUCGGGAGCGUGUACCGAGCCAGGUGGAUCUCCCGGGACAAAGAGGUGGCGGUGAAGAAACUGCUCAAGAUUGAAAACGAGGCGGAAAUCCUCAGCGUCCUCAGCCACCGCAACAUCAUCCAGUUUUAUGGCGCGAUUGUUGAGGCUCCCAACUAUGGAAUUGUCAUUGAGUACGCGAGUGGUGGAUCGUUGUACGAGUACCUGUCCAGUGAUCAGAGUGCGGAAAUGGACAUGGGACAGAUCAUGACGUGGGCUGUAGAGAUCGCCAGAGGGAUGCACUAUUUACAUUCAGAGGCCCCCAUUAAGGUGAUCCACAGAGACUUGAAGUCCAGGAAUGUUGUUUUGACAGCAGAGAAGGUUCUCAAGAUCUGUGAUUUCGGGGCGUCUAAGUUCCUGACCCACACAACACACAUGUCCUUGGUGGGCACGUUUCCCUGGAUGGCCCCCGAGGUGAUCCAGAGCCUGCCUGUGUCUGAGACUUGUGACACCUUCUCCUAUGGUGUGGUGCUUUGGGAAAUGCUCACCUGUGAGAUACCCUUUAAAGGCCUGGAAGGUUUGCAAGUGGCCUGGCUCGUGGUGGAGAAAAAUGAGAGGUUAACCAUCCCCAGCUGCUGUCCCGCCAGCUUUGCUGAGCUCUUGAGGAACUGCUGGGCCACGGAGCCGAAAGAGAGGCCGAUGUUCAAGCAGAUCCUCUCUACUUUGGAGUCCAUGUCUAAUGACACCCAGCUUCCUCAACAGUGCAACUCUUUCCUUCACAACAAGGCUGAAUGGAGGUGUGAGAUUGAAGCCACACUUGAGAGACUUAAGAAGCUGGAGAGAGACCUGAGCACCAAAGAGCAGGAGCUGAAGGAGCGAGAGCGGCGUCUAAAGAUGUGGGAGCGCAAGCUCAUCGACCAGUCCAACAGCCCGUUGCUGCCCACCCUUGACAUCUACACAUGGACAGAGGAGCAUGUGUAUUUCUGGAUGCAGCAAAUAUUUGGCGCAGGGGAGGGUCCAUGUGGCAUGCAGCUGUACGCCGACCUGUUUAAAGAAAAUCACAUCACCGGAAAGAGGUUACUGUUGCUCACGGAAAACGACAUGCGGGACAUGGGGGUCAAGUCCAAAGGUCACGUCAUGCACCUGAAGGGAGAAAUUGAAAAGCUCACUCAUGAUUACCUCGGGUUAGUCCACUUCCCACCUCUGCUGAAGAAUGAGCUGGAACAGGAGGUGGAGAGGAGUAAAACUGUAAAUCUGGAGCUGGUGUUUGGUUACCACUGGAAACCAGGAACUGGGAAAUCUGACUGCAAAUGGAAAAUGUACAUGGAACUUGAUGGAGAUGACGUAGCAAUAACCUACAUCAAAGAUGUUGUCUUCAAUGCCAACCGUCAGGAUGUGGAAAUACUACGUAUGACCAAGCCACCUUUUGUGAUGGACAAAUGGAUUGUUGGAUUACAGCAGAACCAGAAAGUGGACUACAUUGUUAAUUAUGAGAAUGAUGUCAAGAUACCUAAGUCUACCAGACACAGCUGUCCAGUGACGUGGAGUCUCAGUGGCGGACAGGAUGAGAUCAAGACUGUGGAGCUGGUCAUCGAAGCGACACCAGCUAACAUCGACUGGAACCCCAGAAACAAGUGUAACUCAGAUAUUGAUCCCACGUGGAUGUACAACGUAAAGGUGAAGCAGAUCAUGACCCAGAAAUCCCUGCAGACGACUGGUGCUCUGAUUGCCUUCACCAGCUCUGAUGCCCGCACUCUGCCUCAGUUCCUGUCUGCACAUGAACGCCAGGGGUGUUCUUAUGCUGCAGCUGUGCGACGCUCUCCAAACCGCGUAUCGCCCUGGAUCGACUCGCGCAGCUCCUCGCCAACUGCCAGCUUGUCUGCCAAACUCUCCCCGCUGCAUCUUGGGUCAAAGGGCAGCAGCCCUUCCAGCACCACGUCAGAGAGCACCUCCGAGAGGGAACGGGAGCGCCCACUCAGUGCCGGAGCAGUGCAUGACCACCGCAGAAACAACUACUUUGGCAACACAUUAACUGUGGGAUGGGGGCAGGGUAGGGGGCAUGCAUGGACCAAUUCUAGAGGUAACUAUAUUCAUAAUAAAACCAGCAGAACCUCGCGACAGCCAGGGAGGCCACGGUCCAACAGUUACAGUGUCACACCACAGAGCCGCCCCUCCAUGAUACCUGGUAUAUUGUCUGUGACAGAAAACCCCAGUGAGGAAAAAGAGGGGGCCAAAGCCAGCGAUGGAGGGUGGAUCAAAGUGGAGCGACAGAAGAGAUUACCACGUCAGGACAAUAAACAAGUCAGAGGUCGACAGAGGAGAGGGGGGCGGGGAGGGCGCGGCACUGGUGGAAGAACUUAAUGUGGGCCACACAUGAACUGACAGCUUGCUGAGCCUGUCAUGAAAAGGUUUUACAUACAAAUUCUGUCUGCUUACAUGCUCCAAAAUGAACUGGGUGUUGUAAGAGAAUCCUACUGAUUCCUGCGAUGUACAUACUGUAAGUCUGUCCAUAAGCUUUUAUUUUUUAAAAAGCAGGCUCCUAAUAAAAAUGAGCCGUUUCUCACCGUGUAUUUAUUAUUAUGUCCUUGAUAUAUAUAUAUAAAUGUCCUUGUUAUUCACUUUAUUUCUUCCAUCAUAGUUUUUUACCAUUGCUAAGUCACUAAAACUAGAAGUGUGGAUCACUUUUAAUUACUUUGACACAAAAUGUGUUCAGUCUACAUCUGAAAAGAAAUAAAAAAUGCGUAAAAUCUGAAUUGAUUAAAAUAACACUUAGCUUUAUGAAAGACUUGUGCUAGGUGAGGGAAGGGGGGCAUGUGAGGCCGAAUCCAGGACCUGUUUAACUGCUCUGAGUGGUCUGCAGUCCAUCCCAGGAUGGUGUCACUUUUCCCUUCACUUCACUCUCCAUUCCUCAGCCCCAUAGAGAUAUUGUCGUCGUGGAAGAGGAAAGUUUAUGACCGGCAGCCACAUUAUCAGAUGUCCCUCUUGGAUGAAAUGAAAUCAGGGUGUCUGGACAUACAGAAGAUUACCAGGGACGCAUCAGACAUGCAAAAAGAUUCUGUGCCAGGUGUAUCACAAGAGAGGACAGAAGGAGUCGUCGAGAAAUUGUGCUUUAGUUCUAUAUCUGUAAAAAUGGCAAAAAAAUAAAACAAUUGAAGCACAUUUCCGAUUAAUUUCCGUAACACACUGCAAGGUAGCACAAUCCAUGCAAUAAAGAAGUCAUCUUAUUUUUACUGUAAUGGAAUCUUGUUUUACAAUAAAUAAAUAAAUACAUUAAAAAACAUUCUUCAAAGCUAUUGAAAUUCCUGUUGUUGUUUUUCUUAUUGUUGUUGUUAUUCCUGAGUUUUAUGGUCGUUAUAUAGUGAGUGACAAAGCUGAGGGAUGAAUGUCAGGGUUUUACAAGAAGUGUUUUGGUUGAAUGAGUGCAUUUUGGAUGUGAGAUUAACUGUUGUGCUGAGCUGAACUAUGUGAAAGGUUUUGAAAAAGUGAACUCAAUAUAGAGAAAUGUGAAUAAACAACAGUAAAAAAAAAAAAAAAAA